AUAUUAGUAACUCGACUAUGUAGUCGAACCGGCUGCCUGACUAAAUCACACUAAAGAUUUUUUUGCAGCACCUAUCGAGUGCCGCCUCGCUAAACCAUCAAGAUGUCGAAUUCCAAGGUGACGUUUAAAAUAACCCUCACCUCCGACCCAAAGUUGCCAUUCAAAGUGUUAAGUGUUCCCGAGUCAACACCGUUCACAGCAGUUUUGAAAUUCACAGCUGAAGAGUUUCGAGUACCACCAGCAACGAGUGCAAUUAUUACCAACGAUGGUAUUGGGAUCAACCCUGCCCAGAGUGCUGGCAACGUUUUCCUGAAACAUGGCUCGGAACUCCGGUUAAUACCAAGGGAUCGAGUGGGACAUUGAUAUUUGAAUAUACUUAAAAAUGUACAGAAAUAUAUUUGAUAGGUCUUUUAAACAGUCAAUAUGUUUGGACACAUAGGCAGAGGUAAUUAAGGUGUCAUGCAAGACUACGGACACCUAUUGACCGGCUGCUAUGUGCUAAUUGGCAUAUUCGCUUUGAGGCAACUGAAGCACAAUUUCCACCAUCUUACUUCCCCCAACUGAUGUGCUGUUGAUAAUUACAAGAUGCAAGCAUGUUCCAAUGAUCAACAGUUAAAGCAUGGGUCACGGGGGAACAAAGAUGGCGGGCAGAUGCUUCAGUAAGCCUACUUUGUCCGCUGGACCAGUUAGUAUACAGUGCAGUGUUAAAGACAAGGCAUUAUGGAUUUUUAAAGUUUCAUGAGAGACAUGAACUUUUGAACAUUUGGCAAGGCUAUCUUGAAUCUUGUGGGCUUGGGUUCUGUGUGGUUUGCUCAUGAAAUCAUUCAAACCCUGCACUUAGAAUGGUACAACUGAUUUCAAGUGCGUGUGCUUUCAUUUGAAAUUGUAUUUAUGUGAUAGGUAUGCGCACAAGCCUUUGAGCAUACCAAUGUUGGGGUAUUUUUACCAUUGAAUAUUCAGUUCUGUUUGGAACCCAAAGUUAGAUGGCAUGUUACUCUUCAUAUUGACAAUGCUCUUUUCCAGGAUAUUUUUUUUUCUAACAAAUAUGUCUUCUCAACAGAUAGAAUUAAAAAACAUCCUCAUAGUAGAUUUCUUGUAGUAGAAUUUCUAACACCAAGUUGGUUUGGAUAGAUCGUGGGUACAUUAACUUUUAGAGUCUUGUUGCACAAUACUAGCUGGUGAAAGUACAAUUUUAUUCGAAGUUUCGACUUAUUUAUUCUUAUGUUUUACAAAAUAUGUCCCGUAAAUCAUGACAUUCCUCCACUUGCUAUUUCAUGUUUACAUUUUGUUGUGAAUUGAAGUGACUGCAAUUGUGACUAUUAUACUUAUUCAUUACUUAGCCCCUACCCCUGAACAAAAAGACUUCUGUGAAAUACUUAAAUUAUUUCAAGGAUUUAAUAUGAUUAUGAGAUGUAAGAAUGUGGUUUUUUCACUUGUCUAUAUGUUUUCAUGAUUGGCUAACCCUAAAUCUUGUACAUUUGUUGUGUUAUUUCAGAGCCAAUCCUUAAAAAUAAAAAGGGGUCCAAAAUGAGUAAAUUUUCUGUGCAUAUUUUGUUUUAGGUACCUAAUCACCAGUCCCAUUUAUUGUCCAAACAAUAUUUGUAGGUUUGUUUAUUCAACUUCGGAUAUGAGAAAUAAACACAGAAUUCUAGCUUUCCCUAAACAUCACAGCAACUCGGGAUGUUUUUCAAAUGAUGUUGGCCCAAAUUUUUCUCUGAUUACAAACCAAAGCAGGUGAUGAAACUCCACACUUUUUUUUAAAUGCUUAUAAAUUUCUAUAAAAAUUCACUUGAUGUUGUUACAAUAUCCUUAUAAAUUUUCCCUUUAUAUAAUGGUUCGGUAUCUCCCCUUAUAAAAAAUGUAAAAUCUAGCAAAUAUUCCGCUACACGACCGUACAGUAGAUAAGAAAUGUUGUUCUUCCAUGUCAAAUAAAUAAUAAAAACGAAACAAGAAUAACUUA